GCGGGGGAGGAGGGGGGCGGCCGAGGGAGCCCCGGGGGACUGGCGACCGCGGGGGAGGCCCGGGGGGCGCCGGGGGUCCCGGGGGGCUGGCGGGAGCCGCGGGGAGCGUCCAUGCUGCCGGCGGAGAGGCCGGUGCCGGCCCCCGGCCUGCCCCCGGCGGCGCCGCGCUCUGAGGGGAGCGCGGAAACACCGAGGCUCUGCUCCCACCCCCCCUCGCUGAGGGGAUGAACCGGGCCGGGGGGAUGGGUCCCGCCGCUGCCGCCCGGCCCCAGAGCCGCCACCCUGCCGCUGGGCAGGCCCGGGACUGGCGGCGGGGGCUGCUCCGGCCGCUACUCGCCGCGGCCCCCGGCGUGGAUCGGUGCUGGGGGGGGCCGAGCUGCGGGGCCGGGGAGGGGAGCGGGGCCGGGGCUCUCGGAGCCGCGCCGGGGCCGAGCUGCGGGGCCGGGACUCUCGGAGCGGCGCCCAGUACAAACUAGUACCGCGGGUGCUGGAAGUGGUCCCGGGACCGGCCGGGACCGAGGCCUCAGCGCGCACCCUGGCCGCGACCCGGGACGGGCGGUUCCCGGGGGGGGGGGCACCGGAGGACGCGCGGCGGGCUCGGCCCGUCCCUCCUCCCCUUGACCUCCCGCCUCUCUCCUGCGAGCGCCGCUGGGGACCCGCCGCUCCCCUCCAGCAUCCCCGGCGGUGGCUCUGCUCCAGCCGCCGGCACACGGGACCGAAGUGACCUUGAGAGCCGGGAGCAAGGGCAGCCCGCCGGAUCCCGCCCGGGCCGAGGCGGCCCGGCCGCAAGUGCCUCCCUCCGCCUCUCAUCCUCUCUUAUUUAUUUAUUUUUGUUUUCGUCGGGAGGCGAAAUCCCUGGCUCGCUCUCUCCCGCCUCCGCCGCACGCUUCCUUCCCCCUCGCUUGCGCCGGCAGCGGGGAAAAGGGAUCCAGCGAAAAUCCAACGCCGACGGAGGGACUCGCACCGGAGCAUUUCCAGGCCGGAUCCCAGCGCUGCUGCCAAGCUGAUGCAUGAAAAAGCAGCUCCCCUGAAGAGCCCCGAGCCCAUGCACGGCCGUGAGAAACUGGAGGCAUCCCACAAGGAGAAGAGUUUGGAUUCCCUUGACGGCAGCCUCCACCUGAAUGAAGCCCUGAAGGAUGAAGACAUCAAGAAAUGCCACCGGGAAGUGGCUGCUAGCAAGUACAACUCCCAGUACCACAAGCUGUUCAAGGACAUCCCAACGGAGGAGAGCGUGCUGAAAGUUUGCUCCUGCGCGCUCCAGAGAGACAUCCUCAUCCAGGGAAGGCUUUACAUCUCCCCCAACUGGCUUUGCUUCUACGCAAACCUUUUCGGGAAGGACAUCAAGGUUGUGAUCCCGGUGGUCUCCGUUCAGCUGAUCAAGAAGCACAAGACGGCCCGGCUGCUGCCCAACGGCUUGGCCAUCACCACCAACGCCAGCAGAAAGUACAUCUUUGUGUCCCUCAUCUCCCGCGACAGCGUCUACGACGUCCUGAGGAGGGUCUGCACACACCUGCAGGUUUCCAGUAAGAAGAGCUUGAGUUUGAAGGAGCUGACGGAGGAGCCCGACGCCGUGUCGCUGGUGAGGCUCAGGGCAGCUCUGGGAGAGGGAAGGACCCCCACGAACUCACCCCGUGGGCAGGAGAGCGGCCGCCCGGCCCCCUCGGAGGUCAUCGUCCCCGAGGGCAAGUGGAGGAAGGUCUCACCUGCUUCGCUGUCACUGUCGCUGCCGGACGCCGACUACCAGUGCAUCCACCGGACCUCCAUCAGCAGCCUGAGCACCAAGGAGAGCUUCACCUCCGAGGAGCCCCUGGUUUCAGAAAGUGCAAUAAACACCGAGGAGGAGCUGGAGGUGGAGCAGAGCUGCGUGGCAGAGCUCAGGCCCUCUGACUACCAGCUCCUGAAGAUCUUCAUCGUGCUCAUCUGCCUCCUGGUCGUGUCCUCCUCAUACCUGGCGUUUCGCAUCUUCCGUCUGGAGCAGCAGCUCUGCUCUCUGAACCGGGACUACCUCUCCCGCGGGCACAGGAGGUGACCGUUACCCCGGCGCUGGCUGAGGAUGGACGCCAAGACCGGGCCACCCCGCAGACGGAUCCCGGUGCUGCGUCCUGCAGGCCGUGGCCGUUGCACGUGGCCUGGCUUUCCCUCGGCCGAUAAAAUGGGACCAAGCAUCUUCUCUCUUCCUACUGGCACCCGCUGCCGGCGGGACCGCCCGGCUGGCUGAUGGCCACCGGUGCCAACUCCGUGUCCCGCUGGAAACCUGUUUUCUCCCCAGGACGCUGCUGUGCCAUAACACGGGACGAUGGCUCGGGGCUGCCGGGCGAUUGGACCUCCCCGUUGGACUUGCUGCUAAAAUGGGCGCCAUUUUUUAUUCCAGACUUGGGUUUUUCUUGUUAAAAGAUGACCUAAGGCUCACUGGGAACCCCCAGAAAUGUGGCUGAGUUGCUGCUGCUGCUCUGGGUGAAGCCUGGGCAGCAGCUCUGGGCUGAACCUGCCCGUUCAUCCCCCUCUCAGUCUGCAGGGAUGGGGAGAUAGUGGCCACCAGCCCUGUGGGGGCAUCACCUAUCCUGGCACCCAAGGGUGGGGGUACAAACUGGGGUCCCCCCGGCUCUGCUGGGCUCCUUAUGGGCCCCCCCAACCCGUCCCUUCUGGAGCACCGGGGCGUCUCGGCGUGCGUGUGUGUGUGCGUCCCCCUGCAAAGCACUUUAGGGUCCUCACUGGGGACCGCACCUGGGAAUGGUGCUGGACCAGGGCUUCGUUAGCCCCGCUCACCUCAUUAAGACAUCCUGAAAGGAACCCGUGGCUGGCACCGGUGGGCGUCCCGGGUCGCAACGUGUCUGUGCUCUGGUUUGUGUUCUCCUCGUCACCACGCAAAGCCGAGUGCCACAGGAUUUGUCCCGCAGCCUCCAGGAUUGUGCUGGGACGGCAGGUGAUACCUGUGUCAUUUACUUUGGUUUUCUUUCCAGUUUUUUUUGAGAACUACAAGUGCUGAUGGGGCCAAAUCCCUGAGCCCCGGGGAAGAGCUCUCUGCUCCCUCCGGGCUCAGAAUGGCUUUUAAAUGAAAAUAAAACCAGGAUUUUCUAGUAUGUCCCUA